CCCAGGGACAGUCCAUGUAUAGUCUUUGGGGAGUGGCUUAGUCCCUGGGAGCUCUGGUUUGUUGGCAUUGUUGUUCAUAUGGGGUCUCGAGCCCCUUCAAGCUCUUCCAGUCCUUUCUCUGAUUCCUUCAACGGGGGUCCCGUUCUCAGUUCAGUGGUUUGCUGCUGGCAUUCGCCUAUGUAUUUGCUGUAUUCUGGCUGUGUCUCUCAGAAGAGGUCUACAUUCGGUUCCUGUCAGCCUGCACUUCUUUGCUUCAUCCAUCUUAUCUAGUUUGGUGGCUGUAUAUGUAUGGGCCACAUGUGGGGCAGGCUCUGAAUGGGUGUUCCUUCUGCCUCUGAUCUAAACUUUGCCUCCCUAUUCCUUCCAAGGGUAUUCUUGUUCCCCCUUUUAAAGAAGGAGUGAAGCAUUCGCAUUUUGGUCAUCCUUGAGUUUCAUGUGUUCUGUGCUCAAACUUGUUUUCUAAAUCUCCAAGAGUUGGAGUGGUUUGUAGCUAAGGUUAAAUAUUUAAGCAGGGUGGUGGUAGCCCGGUCUUUAAUCCUCCCAGAGACAAGUGGAUCUCUGUAAAUUAGUUGUUUUCUGAAUUCUAGAGUUACUGUUAGCAAGGUGGUGGUGAUGGUGGGUGCCUGCCUUUAGUCCCCCCACCCAGGGGCAAAACUCAGAUGCAGCUCCUGGUCAGAACAUGGUCAGGCCUAUCCCAGCAAUCCCCCAGUCGCUGGUACCAACUUCUGCCCUCAUUAGGGUUUCAUUGCUGUGAAGAGACACCAUAACCAAGGCAACUCUUCUUUUUUUUUUUUUUUUUUUUUUCUUUUUUCCGGAGCUGGGGACUGAACCCAGGGCCUUGCGCUUGCUAGGCAAGUGCUCUACCACUGAGCUAAAUCCCCAACCCAACCAAGGCAACUCUUAUAAAGACAAGUUUCAGAGGUUCAGUCCAUUAUCAUCAAGAUGGGAAGCCUGGCAUUCACGGCACAGGGUGCACGCAGACAUGGUUGGUGCUGGAGGAUCCAAGAGUUCUAGUCCACAUCUUGAUCUGAAGGCAGCAGAAGGGGACCGGAGUUUGAAGGUUUCUGAGACCUUUGAGACGUUUUGAAGGUGUGAGAGAGGGAUAUCUUCUGAGACUUCAGCUGAGGAGGAAGAUGAGCUUUCUCUGCCUCCCUGAGCUAGGGGCUUUCACCCCAGCAUCUGGCUCCUGUGUCUUCAUUGGUCAAAUAGAACAAUUGAGAUUCUGUUAAAAAACAACAAGUACCUGUGAUUACAAUACUAGGGAGGCUGAGGCAGAAGGGUCCUGAGCUACAUUGCCAGCCCUUGUUAUAUAGCAGAGAAACAAAGAAACCUAUACCAGUGCUGGGGUUGUCCAAUUCAAAUGUCAGACCAGUUAAAAGCACAGACUGCUCUUCCAGAGGUCCUGAGUUCAAAUUCCAGCAACCACAUGGUGGCUCACAACCAUCUGUAAUGAGAUCUGAUGCCCUCUUCUGGUGUGUCUGAAGACAGCUACAGUGUGCUUAUACCUAUAUAUGUUAAAUAAAUCUUUAAAAAGAAAGAAAGAAAAGAAAAGAAAAGAAACUUCUGUGUCAAAUGUCAGACCAGAGUAGGGUAUUCCUUUUCUAAACCUGGAUCUGUGACGAUGGUGAAACUAUGAAGCAAACCCUGAUCUGCCUUGAAAAACGAAGUGUCUGUUGCAAACAACCACGGUUUUAGGACCAGCCUCCCUCCCUGGAGGGCUUUCCGUCCUCUUGCAAACACUAUUAACUACUCUGCAUAACGCUAGAUGUAGCACCAUCUGGAAGCCGAGCACAUUUGCGCUCCUUAUUCAGAAGCAGCUGCGGAAAGACGUCGGGGUCUCUCCAGAACAACUUAAACGCAGAAUGCCCUAGGCUACCUGGUCAAUCAGAAAAGGUGACACCCUUAAGGCGGGGAGUGGGCGUGGCCAUGUUAUGCACAUGCGCGGGACGUCACACAAGUCUGGACUAGGUGACGGACUAGUGCGAUUUCCUUGAGGAUAAGGUAAAGCCUGGAUCUGCGAAGACCUGCAAUGGAUUCGGUGACCUUUGAAGACGUGUGUGUCACUUUCUCUCAGGAAGAGUGGGCUGUGCUGCGUCCUGCGCAGAAGAAACUCUACAGAGAUGUGAUGUGGGAAACCAUGGCAAACCUGGCCUCUGUGGGGGGUGAAUUGGAAGACGAGGAUGUUACAAAUCAGUACAGAAUCCAAGAGGAAAAUGUAAGAAGUUAUAUGAUACAAAGACUCUAUGAAAGUAAAGAGGUUACUCAGCAUAGAGAAAGCUUCAGCCAGAUUCCAAACACUGGCGUGACCAAGAUAACUGCUGGAGGAAAACCAUAUAAUUGUAGUGUAUGUGGAAAAGGCUUCAUGCUUUGUUCUUCCCUCACUAGACAUGUCAGAUCUCACCCUGGGCAUGAGCUUGACGGGUUUAAGUGUGGAGAGAAGAGAUAUAAAUGUAAGGAAUGUGGGGCCACCUUCAGUUACCUCAAAUCCUUUCAGAGACAUGAAAGGACUCACGCUGGAGAAAACCCCUACAGGUGUAAGCACUGUGGGAAGACCUUCAUCUAUUACCAGCCCUUUCAAACACAUGAACGGACACACAUUGGAGAGAGAAUCUAUCAGUGCAAGCAUUGUGGUAAAGUGCUCAGCUCUCCUGGUUCUCUUAGAAUUCAUGAAAGAAUUCACACUGGGGAGAGGCCCUACGUGUGUGAGAAGUGUGGGAAGGCCUUCAGUUGUCCCAGUUCCAUCCAAAUCCACGGAAGAACCCACACUGGGGAGAGGCCCUAUGAAUGUAAAGAAUGUGGGAAAGCCUUCAUCUCCCGCACGAGUGUUAAAACGCACAUGGUAACACACAGUGGUGACGCACACAAGCCUCACAAAUGCAAGGAUUGUGGGAAGGCAUUCCUUCGGCCAUGUUUCCUCCGAGUGCAUGCUCGAAUUCACACCGGAGAGAAGCCAUACGUUUGCAAGCAAUGUGGUAAAGCUUUUAGAUGUUCCACUUCGAUUCAGAUUCAUAAAAGGACUCACACCGGAGAGAAACCCUACACGUGUAAGGAGUGUGGUAAAGCUUUCAGUGCCCAUUCAGCAUUUCGAGUCCACAGGCGGGUGCACACUGGAGAGAAACCUUACAAAUGCAGAGACUGUGGGAAAGCCUUCAUCUGUCUCACAUACUGUCGUAUGCAUGAGAGAAAACACACCAGAGAGAAACCCUAUGAAUGUCAGCAGUGUGGCAAAGCCUUCAUUUCUCUUGAAAACUUUCAACGGCACGUCAAGACACACACGGAAGACAUACCUUAUAAAUGUAAGGAAUGUGGAAAAGCUUUCGUUUUCCUCAGCGCACUUCGAGCCCAUGAAAGGAUUCACACUGGAGAGAAGCCUUAUGAGUGUAAGCAAUGUGGCAAAACCUUUAGAUGUUCAAGUUAUGUUCAGGUACACAGGAGGAUCCACACCGGUGAGAAACCCUAUGAAUGCAAGGAGUGUGGAAAAACCUUCAUUUAUUCUACAAGCUUUCGAGGACACAUGAGAAUGCACACGGGAGAGAAACCCUAUAAAUGUAAGGAGUGUGAGAAAGCCUUCAGGCUUGGGAGUUCCCUCAAAAGACAUGAAAGAACUCACAGUGGGAAGAAAUGUGUUUAGUGUACACGUUACGGGAGAACAUUUUGCUUUGUCCAUAUCUUCAAUAAACGUGAAAAUGCACAAUGGACAACGAGUGUGAGGAAUGGGGAACAAAAGUUUCCAAUUUUAACAAAAAUGUCCAUUGUGGAGAAAUCUCAAGCUAUUAAUUAAGAAGUUAAGGGGCUGGAGAGAUGGCUCAGCGGUUAAGAGCGCCCGACUGCUCUUCCAGAGGUCAUGAGUUCAAUUCCCAGCAACCACAUGGUGGCUCACAACCAUCUGUAAAGAGAUCUGAUGCCCUCUUCUGGUGUAUCUGAAGACAGCUACAGUGUACUUAUAUAUAAUAAAUAAAUAAAUCUUUAAAAAAAAAAAAAAAAAAAAAAAUUAAGAAGUUAAUACAGGAAACUAACUGCAGUGGAACAGGGAACUCACAUCAAAUGGGCCAGAAAAUUUAAAAUGUGAGGAAACAUAAAAGCUAAACAUGGUCACCAGUGUUUAGUUGUUUCUGCUCUGUCUGCUUGCUUCGUUUGCUGUCACCCUUACUGGCCUGACGUUCACUAGGUAGACUAAACCGACCUCAAACUCAGAGAUGCCCCUGUCUCUACCUCCCAAGUUACAUUAAAAGUAUGUGCCACCAGGUUGUGUGUGUGUGUGUGUGUGUGUGUGUGUGUGGGUGGGUGGGUGCGCGCGCGUGCGCGCACAUGUGUAUUAAAAGAAAGAUUGUUUUAUCUUAUAGUUUCAGAAGACUAACUCUCCAUUGUAAAGUAACUUUUAUUUGCCUGAUGUAAUUGUCUCUGUGGCUUCUGUCUGCUAUCCUAGGCCUAGUCCUGGAAGCUUCUAGCCUCUGUACAAUCUAAUCCUGGCUUAGAAUGUUUUCAGCCUCUAAGACGUACCGAGGAAUAACUCACCCUUUCUUGAUCUUUUUUUUUGAACUUCAUCUGCUUGGUCAACUCAGCUAGCUGUUCUAGCUCAAAACUCUCCAUGAUGACUGAUUCAGUCUGGCUUCUCCCUGCUUCUCUGAAUUGCUCUGCUUGGCCUCAAACGAACUCUAGCAGUCUUUUCUAACCCUCUGGCUCAUUCUGUCGUCACCUGUGUCUAGCUUGUUCUCUCUUCAGCCUGUCUCUGUAAAACUCCCCUGGUAAACCUGUCUCCUCCCCUCACCCCCUCUCUCUGUCUUCCUGCACUGUUCUGUCUUGCAUAGGCGCUUUCAUCUCUGUUCUCCUGAGAGUUGGACAUAUCUUUUUUUUUAAUUUUUUUUAUUUAUUCAUUUAUUAUAUAUAAGUACACUGUAGCUGUCUUCAGAUACACCAGAAGAGGGCAUCAGAUCUCUUUACAGAUGGUUGUGAGCCACCAUGUGGUUGCUGGGAAUUGAACUCAUGACCUCUGGAAGAGCAGUCGGGUGCUCUUAACCGCUGAGCCAUCUCUCCAGCCCGAGUUGGACAUAUCUUAUUCUGUAAAAUCUUUCUGUGAUUCAUCACUUUGUCACUUAAUUAGACAUCACUUUCAAACAUAGGUGCCUCCUUCUGCCAACUAGUUUUACCUUCACUGUUGGAGAUCAAAGGUACGUACUAAGGGCAUGUCUGUAUCCCAGCCAGUGGUUUAACGUUUUGAGCUAAGGGCUGAGCCACCCCGGAACACAAUCAGGGUUCACAGUAUGGUCAAAUAGCUACAGCAGUCAGUCCAUCGUGGAAGGAGAGUGUGAUAACAAAGCAAGCAGCAGGAACAGGAUGUGGAAACUGCGAGUAGAGCUAGUCCUUAAGCUCUCAAAUCCCUGCCCCGGUGACAUACUUCCCCCAGUGAUGUCACCCCCCUAAACCUCUCUAAAUAGUGCUGCCAACUGGAAAGUGUUCAAGAGACCAUGGAAGCCAUUCCUCAUUCCAACCAUCACAAUUAGUAGUUGGGGUUUUCCUGACUUCAUAAGAAAGGUAAUGGACCCUUCUGCCUGGUCCUUUCUGCUAGGACAGACUGCUAACUAGUCUGCUCCCCAGAAGAGGCUUUAUCUUCAGACAUACCAGGAGAUCCACUGCACUCAGCAAACAUUUGAUACCACAUCCUGAGGCAUCCCAGGAGAUCUGCUGUACCCAGGACACCACAGCUUGAAGGCAUCCCAGGAGUUCCUCUGUACACAGGGCAACUGGGCAAUUGACACCACAGUCUGAAGACCACCCAGGAGCUCUGUGAUACGCAGGGCAACUGACCUAAAAGACUGAAAGCCUCCCUAGAGUGUGGCUACACACAAGGAAACAGAAACCACAAUCCAUUGACCCCACCCCUACCCCCACGCCCACAGCAGUGUGACUGCUCCUCUGAAGAUCUAACAGUCUGCAGCCCUCCCAGGAGAUCUACUCCCAGCAGCUUCUCUGCCCCUCUGAAGACCCUCCAGUUGGAAGGCCCCACAGGAGAUCUGCCACAGCCAGGGCCACAGGCCUACCAAGAGACCUGUUGCAACCCAGGUACAAAAGAGGCAGACUCCAGACAGAGUCACCCAGACCAGUAAACACUGGGGAUAACCAGAUGGUGAGAGGCAAGCACAAGACCGUAAGCAACAGAAGCCAGUAUAUGGGCAUCGUCAGAACCCAGCUCUCCCACCACAGCAAGCCCUGGAUACAACACACCUUAAAGUCAGCAAGCUGACCUAAAAUCCUUUCUCAUGAAAAUAAUAGAGUCCUUUAAGGAGAAUAUAAAUAACUCAAUGAAAGAAAAGCAGGAAGUAUAUAAAUAACUCAAUGAAAGAAAAGCACAAGUAUAAAGGUAGAAGCCCUUAUAGAGGAAAGAAACUCCUUAAAGAAAUACAGGAAAACACAAACAGGUGAAGGAAUUGCAUAAAGCAGUCCAAGACCUAAAAGUGGAAAUAAAAACAAUAAAGAAGGGCUGGAGAGAUGGCUCAGCGGUUAAGAGCACUGACUGCUCUUCCAGAGGUCCUGAGUUCAAUUCCCAGCAACCACAUGGUGGCUCACAACCAUUUGUAAAGAGAUCCGAUGCCCUCUUCUGGUGUGUCUGAAGCUACAGUGUACUUAUAUAUAAUAAAUGAAUAAAUCUUUAAAAAAAAACAAUAAAGAAAACACAAAUGGGGCUGGAGAGAUGGCUCAGAGGUUAAGAGCACCGACUGUUCUUCCCGAGGUCCUGAGUUCAAAUCCCAGCAACCACAUGGUGGCUCACAACCAUCUGUAAUGAAAUCUGAUGCCCUCUUCUGGUGUGUCUGAAGACAGCUACAAUGUACUCAUAUAUAAUAAAUAAAUAAAAUAUUAAAAAAAAAAAAGAAAACACAAAUGGAGGCAAACCAGAAAAUGGAAAACCUAGGAAAGAGGUCAGGAAUUACAGAUGUAAAUAUCACCAACAGAAUACAAGACAUAGAAGAGAGAUCUCAGGUGUAGAAGAUACUGUAAAGAGAUUGACACAAUGGUCAAAGAAAAUUCAAAACAUAAACUCCUAACCCAAAACAUCCAGGAAAUUCAGGACACUAUGAAAAGACCAAAUCUAAGAAUAAUGGAAAUAGAGGAGAAUGAAGAUUCCCAGCUCAAAGGGCCUGAAAACGUCUUCAACAAAAUCACAAAAGAAAAAUUCCCCAACCUAAAGAAAAAGAUUGCCAUAAUGGCACUAAAAGCCUACAGAACACCAAAUAAAUGGGACCAGAAAAGAAAACCUUCUCGCCACAUAAUAGUCAAAACAUUAAAUGCACAGAACAAAGAAAGAAUAUUAAAAUCUGCAAGGGAAAAGCGCCAAGUAACAUACCAAAGGCAGACCUAUGAGAAUUACACCAGACUUCUCAAGAGAGACUACGAAAGCCAGAAGAGCCUGGUCAGAGGUCAUGCAGACUCUUAAGAGAACACAAAUGCACCCUCUCAAACCGCCAUCCCACAAACAUGGAUCAGGUAAUGCAGUUUGUCGAGCCAAGUCAGCAGUUUGUAAAGGACUCGAUUCGGCUGGUUAAAAGAUGCACCAAACCUGAUAGAAAAGAAUUCCAGAAGAUCGCCAUGGCCACAGCGAUUGGAUUCGCUAUCAUGGGGUUCAUCGGCUUCUUUGUGAAACUGAUCCACAUCCCUAUUAAUAACAUUAUUGUGGGUGGCUGAGUCCUUCCUCAUCGUGGGACUGGUGAACCAAUGAAGGGGUGACAAGCUCAUGAAAUAAAAGUUGCCUGGAUGCUUUGUGGUUUUUGUUUCUUUCCUCCUAACUAUGACUUUUCUAUUUCUAAAUUAAAAUAAUUUCAAAAUAAAAAAAAAA